GUCAGUCAGUGUAGCUGUGACAGUGGUGCGGGAAGGACGUGUGGCAUGGACGCUCUCUCUCCCCUCACUACAAUCCUACCCUAGUAAGAGCAGGACGGCUGGCUCCCUCACCCCUCCACUGCCUCCUCACCUGUCCCGUGGCAUCUUCGUUCACCUACACUUGCUGGUUGAUAACAGUGGACCGGACCAGGACCAGGACCACACCAGGACCAGCCAAGGACCAGACCAGCCCAGGACCACACCAGGACAACACCAGGACCAGGACCAGAACCAAGGUUGCCGCAUGAAGCGUCCCGGGGAGUGUGACGCCGCAACACACUGAGGAGACAAACACUCCCGUACCUGGACCAAGAUCAGCCGGUGAACCUUCGUCGGGAUGAGCGACAGUGAGCAUCGCAUCCGGCUGGUGCUGCUGGGGGGAGCUGGCGUCGGUAAGAGCUCCAUCAUCAGCCGUUUCCUCUACAACAAGUACACGGACAAGUACAAGAGCACCGUCGAGGAUCUCUAUAACCGGGACUACGAGUUCGGGCGCAUCACCCUCAAGGUUGACAUCCUCGAUACCGCCGGAGACUUCCAGUUCCCGGCCAUGAGGAGACUCUCCGUAGCCAACGCUCACGCCUUCCUCAUCGUGUACUCCAUCAGCCACAGUCAGUCCUUCGACACCGUCCGCCAGUGCAUCGAGGAGAUCAAGGAACAACGUACAGACUUCGAGGAGAUACCCAUAGUGAUCGCCGGCAACAAGAUGGACCUCGAGGUGGAGAGACAGGUGUUCAAGGAGGACGUCACCGAGUGGAUCUACAGAGAGCUACAGAGAUUUAGAUGUCGCGUGAUCGAGUGUUCGGCCAAGGAGAACCUACACAUCAAGGACAUCUUUCGGACCUUCCUGCAGAUCGGCAAGGUCCCCCAGGGCGAGGAGACGAGCCUCAAGCGACAGUCCUCAGCCUACACCAAGACCAGGAACCAGCGACGCAGCCAGACGCCCCCGAGAGAACGUGACUCUAUCCCUGAGAAGUUCCUCAAUGUAUGGAAUUCCAACACACUGAAGUUCCUCAAUGUAUGGAAUUCCAACACACUGAACGGCGGCGCCUCUGGAUCCACCCCACCAUCAGCCUUCUCCAGGAACAAGCCUCGGAGUCGCUCCCUCAUACGCAGGUCCUCCAAGAAGGCAAAGCAGCAAGUCCGCGACGCCCAACCAGACGAUUGCACGCUGUCGUAACCCUUCAGAGACGUCAACUAUCACCGCCAACAAGGAUAUGCUAGGAUAUCCAUCGAGUGUAAGGAUGUUUAGAGACUCGGGAUGUUAGGGUGUAGGAUACCAGGAGAUGAGGACACCGGAAGAAUCAUAGGACAAAGAGACUAGGAUGAUCGGAAUAAUAAGAGACGACGAGGAGACAAGCGUAGCCAGGAUGAUGGAGAAUUGAGAGUUGUGUGACAGAUGCUGACACUGUCAACUUUAUAUGGUUUCUUGUAGACGCCUUCGGGAGUUGGGGGCAAGUACCAGAAGCCUUUGGGAGUUGAAGGAAAGAAGUUAGAAUUGAAGAUGAAACAAGUGAAGGUGUCUUGGACUGAGAACAACAACAACCACUCGUGUGAUCCUUGACGACAGCAGGACAAGUGAAGUCAAGUGAAACGAAUUAUAUUAUUCUUGGAAAUUCGGGAAGUGAACGCUAAUAAGUCUUGUCAGCUUAGACUUGUGAAAAGAGAAGAAAGUUUAAAUUAUUUCCCGAAAUUUUUAAUCAAGGAGAGUUUGGUGAUUAACGGAGGUGAGGAGGGAUCCAUCUCAGUGUGUGUGGGGGGGGGGAGGGGGACGAGGACCAGAAACCCUCUUAUCCUCAACAGUGUGAAGACGAUGACGGGAUUGUUGCACUAUGAUAUUGACACGUUAGGAGAUCUGAUAUCUUAAAAUACUCAUAUUUUUUUCUCAAUAAUGACUCGUAUCGUGAUUGUGAAAACUAAAGAAAGGUGAAAACUUGAAGGUAUUUGUAGUUGAGACUUCGUAAGUAGGAGAGAAACAGACAAGAUAUAUUCUUAUAGUAACUGUUCACUUCUGUUCUAAUAUAUUAAGGGUUCAUUUUACAACUGAUGUUGAAAUACGCCAAUAAUACACAUUUCCCUGAUGGUUACACUCACCAGCUUUGAUAUCGUCGAGAACACGCCACUUUCUUACCGCUAGUUGUGAUCUAGUAUACUGUACACAAGAGGGACUCUACACAGCGAGGCAAAGCUCAAAUACUUUAAUUUUGUCGUGGCUUCGUUGUAAGCCUUAAGUUAACAUUGAGUGUAAAAGUUAGAUAUAUUAUCCCUUAUGUUUGUGAGCAUCUGCUAGACAUCCCCGUUUACUGUAGUUUGUGAUGUAGAACAAAAGUGAAGUUGUAUCAAUGCUUUUAUAGUUUGCAUAUUUUCAAAUGUGACAAUGGAGGAGUUUAUUAACUUCCAGUGUUGUAUAGAUAUGAAGAGUGAUCUAUAUAUUGUUUACCAUUGAAAUAUAUAAAAUUUUGUAAUGGAUAAGAUAUACCUACUGUAGAUAAGUUUUUGUAAAGUAGUAGACAUGUUAGUAUCCGAUGACUGUACUGUACUGUACUGUAGUGUACUGUACUGUACUACGCUGUACUACGCAAACACGUCAGGUGCAAGACGUCCAAAC